AUGACUGAACAAUCAUCAACCAUAGAAACAAAUGUAUCAGAAACAAAAGACACAACAGUUAAAUUAGAUAUGCCACCACCAUCCACAACCAUAGUGCUAAAAAGAUUAAGAACAAAAUUUUAUUGUACCGCAUGUGAAAAGUCAUAUAAGGCUCAAGCUAAAUUAAAAUAUCACAUUCGUUCAAAACAUUUUAAUUUAAAGACAAAAACAACAAACAUAGAUAAGAAAAAUAUAAAUGAUGUUUGGUUUGAGAAAGUUGUAAAUACAGAUUUUGUAGCAGAAAUCAAGAAAGCAUCAUAUACCAAGCUUAUUAUAAGAAGAUCUGAAUCCAGGGAAGUGAUCACAGAUAUAAAAGAAAUUGUUGAUGUAUCAGAACAAUAUCCAACAAAAUGUUUCGAUGUCAAAGCUGAGUGCAAUGAAUGUCACCAAAUUAUUUGUAAGAAGGAUUUCAAAAAGCAUUUUAAAUUAAAGCAUAGUGGGAAUAAAUUAAAGAUAAAAAUUAAGUAA